AUGCGCGAGUCUAGUAGCAUCACUCCCGUUCGAGUAGUAUUUAAUGCAUCUAGUCCCACUUCUUCUGAAAAAUCAUUGAAUGAUUUAUUCAUGGUUGGUCCAAAACUCCAGAAUGAAGUGACAGCUGUCAUCUUACAAUGGCGAUAUUACCGUUUCGGAAUGACGGCAGAUAUCAGUAAAAUGUUUCAUCAGAUUCUGGUAGACACGAAAGACCUAGACUUACAAAGAAUAGUCUGUCUUCGCGGACCAUCGAGACAACUGGUUGAAUACCAAUCGAUGACCGUUAGCUAUGGAAUGACUUCAGCCCUUUUUCUGGCAAAUAGAGUUCUGAAACAAUUAGCCGAAGCUUUCCUGAUGUCAGUGUCAUCUUUAAACGAGAUUUUACGUAGAAGAUGUUUUAUUUGGGUCGGAUAA